AGCAGGCACCGGCGCUGUGAAGGGAGCACGGCAGAAGGCGGGAGCGGCGGUGGCAGCACACGCCUGUGGUUCCAGCACUCGGAGCACGGGGACAGGGCGGUGGCUGCGGGUUUGAGUCCGGCCUCGGCCACCCGAUGGGCUCCAGGCUAGCUUGGUGUAUGUGUUUGUGCCUCCAGAGUAUGAUGGCAAACCACCUCGUAAAACCUGAUUCUAGAAACUGCAAGAGGUCAAGAGAAUUGGAGCCUCAGGUGUCAGAUAGUCCACAGGUACCCUCUCUUGAAAAAUCGGAUUCUUCUUUCUCUGAAUGUUCUGGACUCCUUUAUAAAGAGGAAACCCUGGAGAAGGAUUUGAGCGAUAUGAGCAAGGAAAUUAAUCUGAUGUUGUCUACAUAUGCAAAGCUUUUGAGUGAGAGAGCAGCAGUAGAUGCAUCUUACAUUGACGAGCUAGAUGGACUCUUCAAAGAAGCCAAUAUUAUUGAAAACUUUCUGGAACAAAAAAGAGAGUUCGUAAAGCAGAGGUUCACAUUGAUUACCAACACCCUGCACAAGUAAAGUGUCUUUACCAACUGAAAGUCCAUUCCUAUUAUUGCUGUAGUCCACUUGUUAAAGAAAAUAUAUGUAGUGAACUGUAACUUUUUCUAAUUUAAAGGGGGUUUUAACAUGAACAGUAAUAUGAAGUUUGUAAUCUUUCUUUUGAGGGUCAAAUAUUUGGCACAUUAUAUAAAAAUGUAAAUUAAAAAUUACAUGUGUUCUUUUUUCCUCCUUUACUCUUAAAUUGCUUAACCCUUCUUAAACUGUGAAAGAGGACUCUGUUAAUUUGAUUAUGUCUAACAGUAUUUGUUUAAAUAGCAGCUAAUUUUGGAGAUAGUUUUAAAAUGUUUUUCUUGGUUAGUAUUAUAAAAGAACAUUAAACAUUAAAGGUAAUUUGUCCAGUUUUUCAGCAUAUAAUAAAAUAUAACUGUGCUACU